AUGGGAAGCAACAUAAACUAUCUCUUUGGUGGCACCAAGCCUUGGGACAGCAGUCUCUGGACAGCUUCAGAUGAUCGCGUCCGCGGCGGCUCCAGCAUCUCACAACUAACAGUGUCAAGCCCCACGCAGGCCGUCUUCCACGGUCAUCUGGAUACAAAGACGCUCGGUGGCGCAGGCUUUGCUUCGCAGCGUACAAAGGGCGAUCUUGCGCUGGAUCUUUCCCACACAGCGGGUCUGCAGCUCGUUCUCGGCGCGGGGAACUCGACGCAGAAAUUCACGCUCAAUGUCAAGGACACCAUCCCUGGUAAGAGACCUGAUGGCAGAGAUGAGUCUGGCGUGAGCUGGGAAGUGGACUUUGAGGCGCCGAGUGAGGGUGGUGUGCUUGUCAAGCAUUGGGAUGAGUUCAAGGCGACGUAUCGGGGCAGGGAGGUCAAGAACCCUGAGCCAUUGAAGGUGGGCGACAUCAAGAGAGUAUCCAUCAUGGCGCGAAGCUUCUUCGAUAAGCAGGAUGGAGACUUCAAGUUGGUUGUCAACUCGAUUGGUGCGGUCUGCAAAGACCACGAUGAUAGUGACGACGAGGAGGAUUUGAAGAAGCAUGCUGCUGUACCUGCGCAGGCUAGCCCUCGCCCUGCGUGGAAGGCUCUGUUCUGUGGUCUUUUGUAA